AUGGCCGGCCCAGCUCGGCCUGCCUCCUCCCUCCCUGCGAGGCGGACAGGUUUGCGCCAGCCGACUCGACGUGCAGGGUCCACUGUACCGGAACCACGAGGAGUGUCGCCGGCAGUCACCGCCAAAGCAACCACCAUUCCAGGGGCUGCUGCUAAUGCGCGCCCUUCAAAAUCCAGUCCCGAACAAUUGAGCGCGGCAGCAAAGCGAAAGGAGCGAGAAUUCGAACGGGAAAUUAAUGAGAAUACAAGCAUUCAUGUGGUCGUGCGUUGUCGCGGUCGCAACGAUCGCGAGAUCAAAGAGAACAAUGGCGUCGUUUUGUCUACUGAAGGGGUUAGUGGAAAGCAGGUUGAUCUGUCUAUGGGGCCCAAUGCGCUUUCCAACAAGAUAUAUGCUUUCGACAAGGUCUUCUCUCCAGCUGCGGAUCAAACAGUGGUGUAUGAAGAGACCGUUGUGCCCAUUCUCAACGAGAUGCUCGCAGGCUUCAAUUGUACCAUUUUCGCAUACGGCCAAACUGGCACCGGAAAGACAUACACAAUGUCCGGAGAUAUGACCGAUACCUUGGGCAUCCUGUCCGAUGAUGCGGGUAUCAUUCCACGUACCCUCUAUUCUCUGUUCCACAAAUUGGAGAACACAGACAGUACGGUCAAGUGCUCUUUUAUUGAACUUUACAACGAAGAACUACGCGAUCUGCUCUCUGCCGAUGACCACACAAAGUUAAAGAUCUUUGAGAAUGAGAAGAACGGCCAUGCAGCCACUAUGGUACAGGGAAUGGAAGAGACGUACAUAGAUUCAGCGUCUACCGGCAUCAAAUUAUUGCAAAUGGGUAGCCUCAAGCGCCAGGUUGCUUCGACAAAAUGCAAUGAUCUGAGUUCUCGCAGUCACACCAUCUUCACAAUCACGGUUCUUACAAAUCGAACAAGCGAGUCCGGCGAAGACUAUGUGAGCUCUGGCAAACUGAACUUGGUUGACUUGGCUGGAAGUGAGAAUAUCGGGCGAAGUGGUGCAGAGAACAAGCGUGCAGCGGAAGCUGGUCUGAUCAACAAGAGCUUGCUCACAUUGGGCCGAGUCAUCAACGCACUGGUGGAUAAAAGCUCGCAUAUCCCCUAUCGUGAGUCAAAGCUUACACGCUUACUGCAAGAUUCACUGGGUGGCCGUACGAAAACAUGCAUUAUCGCCACAGUAUCGCCUGCCCGCAGCAAUUUGGAAGAGACUAUCUCAACCUUGGAUUACGCCUUCCGGGCCAAAAACAUCCGCAAUAAGCCACAGAUCAGCUCGCUUGUUUCCAAGAAUAAGCUCCUUCGAGAUGUCGGAAUGGAAUUUCAAAAACUGAAAAGCGAGCUAAUUGCUACACGCAACCGCAAUGGUGUCUACAUGACGCCAGAUGCCUUCGAAGAAAUGACCAUGGAAAGUGAAUCUCGCAGGAUCGUCAACGGAGAACAGCGCGCGAAGAUUGAGUCUAUGGAAUCAAGUCUGAGGCACAAAGUACACGAACUUUUCGCUCUGACUGGAAAUUUCAACACUCUGAAGGAGGAAAAUGAGAACACUCAAAGUAAACUAAAGACCACCAGGGGCACUCUGGAAGACACCGAACGAAACCUGAAGGAUGCCUCUGAGAAACUGGACGAGGAAAUGGCGGUUCGCAAAGCUCAUCAAUAUACCGAGAAACGGCUCCGUGAGAUCGGCGCUGAUCUUCUGACUAUGCUGGACGGCACCGUUGAUGAUGUUGAUGGGUUACAUGCUAAAAUAGACCGCAAGAACAACCUGGAAACCGAUAAUCGCCAUACAUGGCAGACAUCCACUGGGGAGGUCUGCAGUGUGACCGAGAAGAUUGAUGCUCGUAUAGAAGAGUUUCAAACACAGCAUGCCAUGCUAGUUGAGAGCAUGUCUACCCGUAUCCAUGACUUUGUUGGCAUUGAACUUGGCGCCGUGCAGUCGGCUCGCUCUCAGCUUCGAGAUUACGAUUCUACAUUUGACAAGGUUGAAGCUGAAGCCAAGAGCCAGAUCACCGGUGCACAUGACGAGAUGAACGAAGUUCUUGAGGAAAUCAAGAUCCUCCGUGAGGAUGUCAAGACGAAAGUUGGAGAGGGAUUGAAUGGCCUAUCAGCUGCAGCCGCGCGAAUUUCCGAAGAGGUCAUUGGGGAGUUCUCCCAGUUCCACUUGCAGUUGCACUCCUCCUACAGUGCACUGGGUAAGAAUUUCAAGAUCAUGUUUGACACCAUGGCUACCCACUUGGAGCAACAGAAGACCGAAGUUAACCGACUUCGACUUGAACUACAAGAAUCCAAUCGCCAAGCAGUGGAGGCGAACCGCAAAGCCUCGUCUAGUUUGACUCAGGUGAUGGAGGAAGAGCAGGCAAGUGCCCAGGCUGAGCGUGAAAGCAUCAUAUCCCAGAUCCGAAGCUUGCUCGAAGAUUCCAGCCAGCGGCAAUCUGGUCGUCUCAAGAUCAAGGUCGAUGGCGUUCGUACAGAUAUCUCCACGUCUGGAGAUUCUCUGGAGCAAGCGACAGUUCAAUAUGAUCGACACGUUGACGAGUGGAUUUUCAAAGAAGAACAGUUCACAAAAGAUGUGAUCACAUCGAGGGACGAUAUCAAAACCAAGAUGCAAAAUGAUUGGGAAACAUUUGAUCAACGCAAUGCCUCAAUUCAGCGCACCACUGAGUCUGUGCACCAAGAGACUGUGCGUAUUGUAGAUGCACAGAUGAGUGAUAUGAGCAAGCAAAUGGAGGCUCUUGAUGAUUUCGUUGCCAAGGCCCGUUCUCACAACGGCCGUUUCCAUGAAGCACAACUUGGCAGCCUUGAAGCGAUCAAUUCGAGUGUGCGGGGGUCCCGUGGAGCAAUUCAAGAUCAGUUGAAUAGCUUUGCUACUCGUGCUGGUCAACUUCAGAGUGAUAUCGACUUGCAGGCUGUGGAUAUGGAACGGUGCGCGGCGCCUCUACAACAGGAGGUCCGCCAGCCGCUAGUCGACCUCCGUGGCAAUUUUGAGAACUACCCCAUGAAGGAAUAUAUUCCAUCUGGCGUCACACCCAAAAAACGGAAGUACGAGUACCCUACGCACUUACCUCGCACUGAGUCUCACGAUGGUCUUCGAUCUCGACACCGAACCUCCAAACAGUUUACUGCACUUCCAUUCGGCGAGGAAGAUGACACACAGCCAGCCGCCGUCUCUAGUCCUCCCCCCAUCUCCCCUGCAAAGACAUUUGUGUAUAGCGACCCUGCGGAGGAGGUAGAGAUCCGCCGUUCAUCAUCCGGGGUGGCGUAUAACAACACUGGCCUUAGGGAAGUUGAUUUGAACGUCGCAAAACCCCUCUCUGAGGCUACCGACGAUGCCUCAGUACAGAUCGCCGCCACCGGUUUAGACAAAGACACUGUGAGAGAGGAUUCUGAGCAGCCUCCUCUCAAACGCCGUCGCUCUGGCUCGACCAGCACGAACAACACAGCUGAGACCAAGCUCCCCCACAAGAUGCUCUCCAAAAAGAUGGCUGGCAUGAUGGAGGGUCGCGAGAACCUGACCCCCUCUGCUGUCCCCGGAGGUCGACGGUUCUACCGCAGCCGCGCUCCGAAUUAA